CUGGAGUAAAGGCACGAGCCUCCCGUGUUUUGUUCCCUUUUGCAAAGUGACCGCUUUGCAGCGGGAGCGGCGGAGAGGACGCGGCUGGGAAACAAACACACGCAAACCGGCGAAGGGAAGUCACCCCGCUGCUCGGCACACCCGCAUUGACCGGGGUUGCCGCUUUUGAUCGGCUUCUUCGCCGCGACAGCUGCUGAGAGGGGCGAGCCGAAACCGGCCCAGAGGAGGAGGAGGAGGAGCAGGAGGAAGAGGAGGAGGAGGAGGAAGGUCCAGCUGCGGGGUCCCGACUGCCAGGAAGCCCACGCGUCACGGAGCCAUCAGAGCUGAUGACUGCUGCCAGUUGUGCAAAAGAUUUAUCUGCCAACAGACCAUUAUGAUUUGUCAGUGCAAGGGGAAGCAGUUGUGCAAUCCUACACUGACUUACCCUGUAUGGAACAUAGGAAGCUCCUUCAUACCAGCCCAGAACCCAUAAGUGAUGUCAGAUGAAAAGGGUAUUAUGGCUGAAAUAUACACCAGAGGAAUUCAUUUUGGCAAGCCUGGUCCAUGUAGGCUUCUCUGCAGAAUGUCAAGCAAGGAUCGACACAUUGAUUCCAGCUGUUCGUCAUAUAUCAAGACGGAACCAUCGAGCCCCGCCUCCUUGACGGACAGCAUCAAUCACCACAGCCCAGGUGGCUCCUCUGACGCCAGUGGGAGCUACAGUUCAACCAUGAAUGGACAUCAGAAUGGGCUAGAUUCACCACCACUCUACCCUUCUGCCCCAGGCCUUGGGGGCAAUGGGCCGGUCAGGAAACGAUAUGAUGACUGCUCCAGUACCAUCGCUGAAGAUUCCCAAACUAAGUGUGAAUACAUGCUGAACUCAAUGCCCAAAAGACUGUGCUUGGUGUGUGGUGAUAUUGCAUCAGGGUAUCACUAUGGGGUGGCUUCAUGUGAGGCCUGCAAGGCUUUCUUCAAGAGGACAAUUCAAGGUAACAUAGAAUACAGCUGCCCAGCAACAAACGAAUGUGAGAUCACAAAACGCAGACGUAAGUCCUGCCAAGCUUGUCGCUUUAUGAAGUGUCUAAAAGUCGGGAUGCUGAAAGAAGGAGUUCGCUUAGACAGAGUACGUGGAGGUCGUCAGAAGUACAAGCGAAGAAUAGAUGCAGAGAAUAGCCCAUACCUGAAUCCUCAGCUGGUUCAGCCUGCCAAAAAGCCAUAUAACAAGAUUGUCUCCCAUUUGCUAGUGGCUGAACCAGAAAAGAUCUAUGCCAUGCCUGAUCCUACUGUGCCAGACAGUGACAUCAAGGCCCUAACCACUCUUUGUGACCUGGCAGACAGAGAGCUGGUGGUCAUCAUCGGAUGGGCUAAACAUAUUCCAGGAUUUUCCACUUUAUCGCUUGCUGACCAGAUGAGCCUUCUGCAGAGCGCUUGGAUGGAGAUUUUGAUUCUGGGUGUUGUAUACCGAUCACUUUCCUUUGAGGAUGAACUUGUUUAUGCCGAAGACUAUAUCAUGGAUGAAGAUCAGUCUAAAUUAGCAGGCCUUCUUGACCUCAACAAUGCCAUCCUGCAACUGGUAAAAAAAUACAAGAGCAUGAAGCUGGAGAAAGAAGAGUUUGUCACCCUCAAAGCUAUCGCGCUUGCUAAUUCAGACUCAAUGCACAUAGAGGAUGUUGAGGCAGUUCAGAAGCUUCAAGACGUCUUACAUGAGGCCCUGCAGGAUUAUGAGGCUGGACAACAUAUGGAAGACCCACGCCGAGCCGGCAAGAUGCUGAUGACUUUGCCCCUCCUGAGGCAAACCUCCACGAAGGCAGUGCAGCAUUUCUACAACAUCAAACUGGAAGGCAAAGUGCCAAUGCACAAACUUUUUUUGGAAAUGCUGGAGGCCAAGGUCUGACUAAAGCGCCUUGGACCUUCCAGAUGUACGUGCUGAGAUUUUAAUGAAAGGGAAACUAAAAACAGGAAAACCAUGACAAAGAAACUUUAGCAUAUAAAUUAAAGAAACAAACAUGACUGCACUGAUACUUAGCAGCAAGACUGAGAAGCAGCACCUCUUUCUGUUCUGUGUCUUCUCUGAUACAGUUUUCCUUCUUUAUUUCUUCUACUACUGUUCUUUUUUGUCUUUUCUUUCUCUCUCUUUUUUGCCUCCUUUUGCUGCUGAAUAUUUCAAAAAAGAGGUCUCUAAUAGAAGAGAGAUGGAAGCCAGGCCUGCCAAAGGAUUGAAAUCCAUAAUAUGGAUGCCAGUGAACUUAUUACGAACCACAAUACCCCAAUGACAAAAGGAAUCGAAAGAGAACCAUUGUAACUAGCAGUACAGUACAACUAGAUGAACUGACUGAAUGCAGUAUUAGGUUUCACAAGAGCCGCCUCUAAUUAGACGACUUCGAUGAUGAUGCAUUGGCUGCUUCUUAUCAUUGCGUUUCCAUCUAGAUCAGUUACAGCCAUUUGAUUCCUUAAUUGUUUUUUUAAGUCUUCCAGAUAUUUCUUGGGUUAGCCACGAUGUAACGUUUUCAGGGAAUAGUUUGAGCUUUAUUCAUUCAUGCAAUACUAAAGAAGUGCUGUGUGUGCUGGCUUUGAACAAUGACAAACAUUUAAGGACAGACAAAUGAAUCCUGAAGCAAGGUUUUUUUAGAAUACAAAACAUUUUGGUUCUUCGUACUAACGGAAGAUUUUUUUCUACCAGCUUUACCACUUUUCAGCCAUUUGUUAACAUGAGGAUUUAUCUUAACUCAAGCAAUAGUUGAAGGGAAGGUGCAUAUUACCACGGAUGCAAUUUAUGUUGUGUGCCAGUCUGGUCUAAGACAUCCCGUUUCUUCGCAUGAACUCCAGUUUAUACCUAAAUGUUCACAGAAACAAAUAAUUAGAUUACACCUAUGAUAUAUCUGAGUAGUCUAAUAUAUUAAGAUGCCAUGUCAAAUAGGAAUUUUAAAAGGAGUUUUAGUAAGUGCUUCUGUAUGGCCGAGGUACAAUUGCUAUAUAAUAUUGUGUGUUAAAUAAUGAUGCGGUCUGUCAUGUACAAAAUUGCAGACUUUGCAAUAAAGUCCACUCCAACUAGCAAUAAGGUGAAAUCAGAUAUCAAAAUAGUCCACCUCUGACCAAAUCUGAAAACUUAGCACUUGUACGUAUUAUUUAUUAAUUUAUAAAACUUUUCUUUUGGAGAGGUUGCCAUUCUUAAACGAACAGCCUAGCCAAUAUGUUGGCUUUUGCACCAAUGUUGUCACAGUGUAAAAGUUGGUCAGUUUCUAGACUGUGAAGAGGUGUAAUCUAAUGUAUAAACUAAUUAGAUGCCCCAGAAAACUACAGUCGCUAAAUAACCAAUAAACAAUAACCUCCAUCAAAUGCUAUACCAAUGUACCAGUGUUAGUAGCUGCUCCCUGUACUAUGUGAACAACCUUAUUCUAUGUACACAGAUGUAAUUAAAAUUGUAAUCCUAACAAACAAAAGAAAUGUAGUUCAGCUUUUCAAUGUUUCAUGUUUGCUGUGCUUUUGGAAAUUUUUUUAUGUUGCAUUCAAAGACUGUUGUCUUGUUCUUCUUGUGGUGUUUGGAUUCUUGUGGCGUGUGCUUAUAGACACAGGGUAGAAUUAGAGACAAUAUUGGAUGUAAAAUUCCUCAGGAGACUUAACAGUAGUAUAUUCUAUUCCUUCUGGUUAAUAAGGUUCUUCCUAGUAAUAAUUAAGAAAUUGAAAUGGAAAAAUCCAACCAAGUAUUCAUUAUGGACAGGUACACAUGAAAUCAUAAUAUUUUCAAAACAAGGGAUACUUUCUGUAACAGUUUAUUAUAGAAUACCUAUGUAUAGCUUAGAAAUAAAACUUUGAAUAUUUCAAAAUUAUAGAUAAGUCUAAUUUUUAAACGCUGUAAAUAUAGCUUUCAUCCAAUCAUCUCUCAGAUGUUGUUAUUAACUUGCUCUGUGUUGUUGCAAAAACCUUUUUUCAAAAAAAAUGCAGACACAUUUCCAAAAUUAUUGCUACUUGUGUGCUUUAAACAAAAUACAGCAGGUUGAUGUUCCAUCAGCCGUGUGCUAGAAAUACUGUGUAUCUCUCAUUAACUAUAUGGGAUUCUCUUGUAGAUUGUGUUUUUUCUCAGUAGAGAAGUGACUGUUGUGUGAUCCUAGAUAGACCAUCAUUAGCAAUUCAUUCAUUUGGCCAAUAACUUGAAAUUAAUGGUGUGAUAGGAGUCUGAAAUUGGCACGUACCUUUUGAAAAAGCAAAUGACAAAAAUGUACAACUCCUGGGGGCGGGAGGAAAUGGUGCUGAUUCUAUAAAAUUAUUUAUAUAUGUAAGAGUGCAGAAUAAUUAUUUUCCAGAAACUUUGUGCAGGGUUUAAGUUGCUAGUGUUAACUACACUAUAUAUGUAUAUAUAAAUAUCUAAUAUAAAUAUUGUUUUUGCUGUAUCACAUUGAAGAACUUGGGUUUUCAGGGUCAAUAGCCAAACAACACACUCAGAAAAUAAACAGAAAGAAAAGAUUUAAGCAAGAUGGAAUGUGCUAAAGGAACAUGGUGCAAUUUUUUACUUAGGUUUUCUGUAAUUUUUCAGAGCUGCAAUGAACAAGUAUUUCAUCACUGUACAAAUGUAAACUGAAACAUAGAUACACUGUGCAGGCAUUAGAAUAAUGUUCAUCUUAAACCUUGCUGAAAGAGUAAUUUUAACAACAAUUUGUUUAAUCUGAAGUGUUGGGAAAAUUUUCAAGUAUGUUUUAGUGCAACCAGUCUCAUUUGAAGAAAUGAGAUCCAUGUGGAAUUUCUCCUGCACAAACCAUUGGAGUGAAAGGCCAUGGCGUAAGAUCUUUCUUGUUGGGCUUUUCCACUUAGUUCAGUGUGCAGAAGAUAUUCCCAAUGGAUUGUACCUUGGGCUAUUCUUUUUCCGGUGUGUUUUCUCUUAUUUAAAGCAAUAUAAUUGUGUGACUCCUGGAAGUUGCACAUUUGUUUCAAUCAAAUCAGAUUGUUGUAUUUAUUCCACUAUUUUACAUUUAAAUGCUAACAUAAAAAGAUAUAAAAAUUAAAACUGCUAUUUUUCUUAUGGAAGAGAAAAUGGGUGUUGGUAAUUGUAUUUUAAUUAUUUAAGCGUCUCUUGUUUACCUGCCUAGGAAAACACUUUAUGGCAGUCUUAUUGUGCAAAAAUCACAAAAGAGGGGGGAAACUGAAUGAAGCUGCUUAUUGUAAUCCAGGAGUUGCAUAAUAACCAGUAGUAAAAACACAAAUUUUAAAAAAAAAUCAUGUCUAUAGCUGUAGAUGGGCUUCACAUCUGUAAAGCAAUCAACUGUAUAUUUUUGUGAUGUGUAUCAUACUGUGUGCUCCAACCAAUGUCCAUUUGUGUAAAUGUAUUUAUUUUAUAUUGUAUAUAUUGUUAAAUGCAAAAAGGAGAUAUGGUUCUGUAACUCCAAUCAAUUCAGAUGUGUAACUCAAAUUAUUAUGCCUUUCAGGAUGAUGGUAGAGCAAUAUUAAACAAGCUUCCACUUUUAAUUGCUUUUAAA